GAUCACGCGUGAGGUUUAAACAGUCUGGUUUCGGUUCAGAGGAGUGAAGUUGUCUGGUUACUUAUUUUCUAUUGAUUUCUAACACGGAUUUUUAGGUUUCCUAUUUCAGCAAAUACCAGGGAAGAUGUCACACGAAGGGCCCCUGCAGGAGUUGCCUUGCCUGAAUGAGUAUUUGGAGGGAUCAAUGCUGUCCAUAUCCCAGAAGAGCAAACGGAAAAAAAGAGACCGCAUCGGAGACUGUCUGGACACAGAGAACACUCCUCACGAGCUCAUUCACCAGUGGUCACCACCUCACAAGCAGCGGGUUGUCUGCAAGGGCAAAGAGAAUGAGGAGAACCAGUUUGUGCUUGCCAGGCGACCAAGGAAAAGGAGGGAGUUCUCAGGCUUGUCCUGGGACACACUACCAGAUGAGUUACUGUUGGGAAUCCUAUCCUGCCUUCCCCUGCAGGACCUCCUCCGGAUGUCCCGGGUCUGCAAGCGUUGGCAUCGCUUGGCGUUUGAUGAGUCUCUGUGGCAUAGUGUGGAUCUUGUAGGGAACCCCCAGCUGGAUCAAGCUCUUGGGCAGGUGCUUAUGGCUGGAGUACUGGGACUGCGCUGCCCCUGUACCUGCAUUGGAGAACCACAUUUCACCCACACACAACACCUGCGUGUCCAGCACAUGGAUCUCUCCAGCUGCACUGUCUCAACCCCGUUUCUAGGUGACAUCAUCUCCCGCUGCAGGCGACUAGAGAAUCUAAGCUUAGAGGGACUGGAGCUCUCUGACUGGAUCAUUCAGUCCCUAUCCCAGAAUACUGAGCUGGUACGGCUCAACCUGUGUGGCUGCUCUGGCUUCUCACCCGACUCGCUUGGUGAGAUGCUCAAAUCCUGCUCACGGCUUGAAGAGCUGAACUUGUCAUGGUGUGACUUCAGUACUGAUCAUGUGAAGGCUGUUGUCAGUAACAUCCCCUCCAAUAUCACUCAGCUCAACCUUAGUGGCUACAGACAGAACCUUACUAUGGGAGAUCUGAAAGACUUGGUGGAGAGAUGUCCUCACCUUGUAAAUCUGGAUUUAAGUGACAGUGUUCUGAUGACUACAUCAAGUUUCCCCAUCCUGCAGCAGCUGCAGUCUCUUAGACACUUGGCGUUGAGCCGUUGCUACCAGAUCCACCCUGCUGCCUUAGCUGACUUUGAGAAGUUUCCAGAGCUGCAGACGUUAGAGGUGUACGGGCUGGUCCAGGACACUUACCUGCCAAUCCUGAGUAAAAGUUUGCCCCGUCUCCAAAUCAACACCCGGCCCUUCUCUGGCGUGGCCCGUCCCACCGAGGCCACCCGGCGGGACCGCGCCAUGUGGGGUAUGACCUGUCGGCUGGUGUUCAGGUCCUAGUCACAACGCCUUCCAAACGCUGUCACUAACCUGUCCUAACUUAUUUCUGUGAUGCGGUCAUUCUAUACAGGGAAUGUAAAGCUAUUUUUUUUGUUGUCUGCCAUUGUGUGUAUGCACAUUAAUUUGAGCCGUACACAAUGUGGUACACUGACACCGAUUGUUCUCAUUGCUGAUGAAGAUUUGUGUUUUUGGCAACGCUUUGUUUUUAUAAUGGUGGGCAUUGGUUCAAAGUUACUCUAAGGUCAGUAUUAGGACAUGGCCUUCAUAUGCACAGUAGUGGGAAUUCUAAAUGUUGGUAGAUUACAUUUCUCCACAGUAAUCUUACAUGGAUAACAUGCAACUGAAUUUUAAAGAUUUUAAAGAGGUACCUGUUUUAGACAAUUUAACCCUGAUAAUGUUGAAGACUGCGCGUGUAGUCGUAAGGGAAAUGCCUUUUAUUUUUUACUUGCUAUAAUAAUACAUUUUGAUUUAUAGGAUAUGUUAUCAGGGUCCUAUGUUCUGUCCAAUAUCUUGACUUUCGAACAUUCCAAAGACAGAUCUGUUGGAAAAAAGGUCUGUAGUAAAGCUAGCCAAACAAAAGAAAUCUUGAUAAUGUUGGCUCGUUCUGUAACGUUUCAUUAGCUGGAUAUAGUAAAGUUAAUUUCAGUUCAGGUCUAUCAACUGUAAAGCGGGUUUGCCAGAAAGACAAGCUAGGAAGAUUGGUCUGUUAGACUAAUGCAUAGGUGCUCUGCCAUUAGCAGUUGACAUCUUUCCCUCCAUGAUGCAGUGUUUUAUAAAAUACAAAUUCAAAUUAACAAUGUCAUUUACUUGAUAUAUUUUGUUUUGUAUUUUAAAGUUGGAGACAAUAAGAAAUCAAUGAAGCCACGCUGUUCGUAUUAUAUUUUAAAUCCAGCUCUACGUCCGUUUUGACUGAAUGAAAUCUGAGGCGGCUCUAACAAAAUAUGCUAGAGUCGUUGGCAUUUUUGUGGAAAUUAACAUUUUAAUCUUGUCCCUAAAUUAGGUACGAUAUUAGAAUGUGCACUACACCUAUGUAGUAAAUGGUAGCAUUCGCCACAAGGGGGCAGUAGCUAUGUAUUGGUGCCAUGUUUGGUAUGUUUCCUUUCGUGCUCACAUUUGUUUGAGAAACUUUUCUAUUCAUGCAUUUAAAAAAUAAGAUUUACUAUGUUAAAUACUAAAAUGUGAAACUUGCCAAUUUUAUGUAAAUAAAUGUUUUAUUUAAAAUUGUGA